CCUGGAGAAUCACAGAAAAUACAGAGGGUGCUUGAAGCGUUCUCUGAACGAUAUUAUGAGCAGACACCAGAUGUUCUGGUUAACAAAGAUGCAGCACUCGUGUUAUCGUAUUCACUUAUCAUGCUGAACACGGAUCAACACAAUACACAGGUGAAGAAGAAGAUGACGGAGGAAGAUUUCAUUCGCAACAACCGGAGAAUAAAUGGAGGAAAUGACCUCCCUCGAGAAUUUUUGUCUGAGCUCUACCACUCCAUCUGUGAGAAUGAGAUCCGGAUUUCCCCAGAUGGAGGUGCUGGAACCCCAUUGAUGGCACCAAGCCAUUGGAUUGGUCUAGUUCACAAAUCAAGGCAAACUUCCCCGUUUAUUGUCUGUGAUCAAGGACCUUAUCUUGAUUAUGAUAUGUUUUCUAUGUUGUCUGGUCCGACAAUUGCUUCCAUCUCAGUGGUUCUUGAUCAUGUGGAGCAGGAAGAUGUCUGGCAAACAUGCAUCGAUGGAUUUCUUGCCAUUGCCAAAAUUUCAGCCUCCUAUAGCUUUGAUAAUGUGUUGGAUGAUUUAGUGGUAUCUCUUUGCAAGUUCACAACUCUUUUGCUUCCAUCAUAUACUGAUGAUUUUAUUGUCACAUUUGCCCAAGAUAAUAAAGCUAGACUGGCAACUUUAGCUGUCUUCACAAUAGCAAACAAGUAUGGGGACCAUAUUCGCUCUGGUUGGAAAAACAUCCUGGACUGCAUUUUGAGCUUGCAUAAAUUUGGCCUUCUUCCUACUCGUCUUUUUAGUGAUGCUGCUGAUGAUGUGGAGUCUACUUCUGAUGCCGACCAAAGCAAACCUGCUGCAGCUUCCCCAUCAGCACCUCAUGUGCCUUCAUUGGCCCCAUCAAGGAAAUCAUCUGGCUUAAUGGGCCGAUUUAGCCAACUGUUAUAUCUUGAUGUAGAAGAACCUGCGCCUCAGCCAAAUGAAAAACAGCUUGCCGCCCGCCAGCAGACUCUUCAGACUAUUCAGAAUUGUCACAUUAAUAGCAUAUUUGCCGAGAGUAAGUUUUUGCAAGCAGAGUCACUUUCACAGCUUGUUCGGGCCCUUGUGAUGGCUGCAGGCCGGCCUCAUAAGGGAAACUUCUCUCUAGAAGAAGAAGAGACUGCAGUAUUCUGUCUGGAGUUGCUGAUUGCAAUCACAAUAAAUAAUCGGGAUAGGAUAAUGCUUCUUUGGCAGGUUGUUUAUGAGCACAUAGCAAGUGUUGUCCAAUCAACAACAAUGCCUUGUACUUUGGUAGAGAAGGCUGUUUUUGGGCUGCUUCGCAUAUGCCAAAGGUUGCUUCCUUACAAGGAAAAUCUCACAGAUGAGCUCCUCAAGUCACUGCAACUCGUCUUAAAGCUCGAUGCAAGGGUCGCCGAUGCUUUUCUUGAACAGAUAACCCAGGAGGUGAUGCACCUUGUCAAAGCAAACGCUAUGCAGAUACGAUCACAUAUGGGCUGGCGGACAAUUAUAUCUCUGCUUUCUAUUACAGCUCGGCAUCCAGAAGCUUCUGAAGCAGGAUUUGAAACAUUAUCAUUCAUCAUGGCUGAUGGGGCUCACCUACUGCCUGCUAAUUACAUCCUUUGUUUAAAUGCAGCCAGUCACUUUGCUGACUCCCGCAUUGGAAAUGUUGAUCAAGCUGUGAGAUCCUUGGACCUGAUGGCUGGGUCACUUGUUUGUCUUGUUAGAUGGUCUCACAAGACAAAGGAAGCUCUGGGGGAGGAGGCUGCUAUAAAAAUGUAUCAGGAUAUAACUGAGAUGUGGCUGAGGCUGGUACAGGGACUCAGAAAAUUUUGUUUGGAUUGGAGAGAAGAGGUGCGGGGUCAUGCCAUCUUGAUGUUGCAGAGGUGUUUGACAGGGGUUGAGGGGAUACACAUUUCAACCGAUCUGUGGUUGCAAUGUUUUGAUCAGUUGAUCUUUACAUUGAUGGAUGAAUUGCUGGAACUUGCACCACAAGGUUCCAUAAAGGAUUACAGGAGCAUAGAAGGAGCAAUUUUUCUGUCUCUGAAGCUCAUGUUCAAAGUGUUUCUACAGUGUCUGCAGCAGCUCUCACAGUUGCCAUCCUUCUGCAAACUAUGGUUAGGGUUAUUGGAUCAUACAGAAAGAUGCAUGAAGAUGAAAUUCAAAGGUAAACGGAGUGAGAAGAUCCCAGAACUCGUCCCUGAACUCCUAAAGAACACUCUACUUGUCAUGAAAGCUAGUGGACUUCUGGUGCCAAGUGAUCCUGUAGGAGGGGACAGUUUCUGGCAGCUAACGUGGUUGCAUGUGCACAAAAUAUGCCCAUCCCUUCAAUCAGAGGUUUUCCCUUCUAGUGAAUUGGAGCUGUUGCAAAAGCAGCACAUCCAAGCUGGGUGUAGCCUUCUCUCAGAGGGAAGUGUUCUAGUCUCACCUAGUUGAAGCACAUCUUGAAGAUUCAUGUUAUUGAUCACACUUUCAUUUGGUGAAACUGACAUUCUUUAUCAGCACCAUCAUUAGUGUGGUGAGAAGAUAAAUUGUGUGGCUGAGAACGUGCUGGGCAUUAGGCGAAACACGCUCAUUGAAGCACAAGCUGCAACCUGCUGGAGCAAAGCUGGUUUCUGGUUUACAAGUUGUGAUAUCUCCAUUCUGAAUGUUAUAUGGUGCUUUACUGUUAAAGGAGCCUUUUCUGCCUUGUUGGCUUUCGAGGGAAGAUUAGGGAGGGGUGGUCAACUCGUGCAAUUUUGCACUUCUGUAGCGGUCACUUCACUUUAAGUUUGAUAACUUAGUUGUUACCAUUUCGGCUGUACAAUAUUGGCUAUACUACAAAAUAGUGAUUGAUAUUUUAUAGUAUGAAAUGUUACGGUCAGAUUGAACCGUAGGGUUUCUUCAAAA